GCCUUGUUGGCACAAGCUGGCGACGGUGUCAUCGACGCUGUGGCCAUCCACGUGGCUCGCUGGCGCUACGCCAGGACGCCCUCCAAGGCCUACAAGGUCUUCGCCGCGCAUCGCAGCGGCCCCUUUGAGGACGGCGAGGAAAGGAGCCGCAGCCUUCGGCGCGAGGCCCCGGCUGGGGCUGGCAGGUACGGCGGUAGCGGAGAGCGCCAGGGGGCGAAACUUCCGAGGGCGUCUCGGCGCUCUGAGGGGCCGCCUUCGCGGCGAGGCCGAUCGAGCCGAGGGGCGCACGGCCGCUGCGGCGGAGCACGAAUCCCAGCUCGCGGCCGCCGAUCGCGCCGACGAGGCCGGCCGCGAGCCCAGUGGCUGGGAGCUGCGGUCAGUGCUGUCGCCUUCCUCUGAGGGCGCUGCCGUUGAAGGGCGCGGCCGCGGUCGCCCGGGGGGGGGCUGGCUCUUCGCGCCGCGAUCGUUCGGCAAGCCUGCAGGGGAAGCUGGCCGCGGAGAUCCAGGGCGGAGGCCCCUCGAGCGCCAAGCGGCGUCGCUCCCGCUCGCCCGAAAAGCGGAGGCGCCGAGGGGGGAGCGGGCGUCGCCGCUCUAGCCAGAGCCUGGUUGCCGGGGUAGCAGCGGAAGCAGCUCAGGGUCGCAUUUUCACGGCGCCCGGCUCUGCGCGGGGCCGUUUCAAGCGCGCGGUGGAGAGGUGGCCGGGCGAGAUCACGCAGCGCGCGAUGGCGAAGAUGCGGGGGCACUUGCAGGGCAUCGACGUCGCGGUCGGCGACGCGGACCCAGUGUUCGCCACGUAUCUCACGAGCGUCUUCAUCCCGAGCACGAAGGGAACCCUGUCGGCGAGAAGCGACCAGGAGAUGCGCGUCCUGGCGGCGGCCGUGGAUUACGCGCUCAAGGGCGACCUCGCCCGCGCGACGGACGCGCUGGUCCAGCAGAUCAAGUGUGCGGAGCAGCUGCGCUGCGACGGCGGGAGCUGGAAGGCCGCGAGGCACCUCGGCGUGGUCGAGGAUGGCAAGGCAUCGGCAAUGGAGGACAAGGAGAAGGAGGCCAUCCACCGCGACGAGCGGUCCGACAUGAACGCCUCCAGCAGCAGGUGCAGGGCUGCCGUCGCGGCGCCGAUCGCGGACAAAUGCCUUCGGCUGGUCUCCGAGUCCCGAGGCUCCGUCGAGGGCCCCCUCGAUUGGGGGGGGGCGACGCGUCGGCCGCCUGCGGCGACGUCGAAGAGGGCAGCUCGCAGCCCCGCCGACCAUGUCGCUGGCGAGAGGUCCACGAGCCCAGUGCUCCUGGGGCCGGGGCCUGAGGUUCGCGGGGAGGAGCCCGAGAUUGCCCGCGCUGAGCUGGAUGCGCGGAUGGUUUUUCGCCCGCGAGUAGACCCCGUCCUCCGCCCCGUGACGCCCCCCUUCUCAUCCCAUUCCCCCUCCUCC